AUGCUUUGGCCCCUCCUAGAAGACGGUUGGGAUUGCACAGACCUCAAAACGAUGGAUUCACUGCUAAGCAGAGGAGUCCUCCGAGUUUCUGGUGGGUUAGCAACUAUGCACAACGGCAGAAGCUUUGGCCAUGGUUUUGGGGUUCGUCAGGUGCCUCCGCCGGCCAUUUCAAGUCUCGAUCGCGAUCGGGCGGGUGAGCCGCAGUCGCGCGUCGCAAUUGGGAUGAACUCCAUGAAGCUCACCUAUCGGAAUGGCUUCAUCGACGUGGAUGAGGGCGCGAGCUUUGCGCACUGGAAACGCUCCCAGAGCUUCCCACUGCCGGCGAACGAACCGGAAGAGGAAUUGCAGAUGUAUGUCGGCAGCCUCGUUGAGAGGAUGAACGAGGUGGAAGCGACCGAGUGCGGAGCCACCAGCGCACCCAGUGAUGCACCAGCUGAAUGGUUAACACCGAAUGAGCCGAGGAAAUUGGCUCCGGAACGCCCAGAGGACAUGUCCUCCGCUGUGUGGAGUUUGGGGAGCAUGGGACAUCCAGAGCUUUGCUCACGCCCCUGCAUCCAUUUUAUGGCGCGCAAUUGUGAGAAGGGAGAGUCAUGCAAUUUUUGUCACAUCCAACAUCCAGAGAAGCCAGUGAAGUUGGACAAGAAGCAGCGGACAGUGAUCAGGGCCCUGAGCGCACGACAACUUGCAGGGAUCAUUUUGCCGUCCUGCCGGGCACGAUUGGAAGCCACUGGAAUUGCCACUGGAGAAGAGAUUUUAUCCAUCCUGGAGAAGUUGGUGCAAAACAGAAACGAUGCAGAAGAGGAUGCUGCAAUCAAUGAGCAUGACUUGCGACAUGUGCGUCGGACGUUGCAGAGGAUGAGUGUCUCGAGCCUACUCUCAGUGUUCACUCAUCAACAAUGGCUCCACAGUGCUCGCCUCAUCGAAGCCUUCGAAGAGCUUCGGGAGCGCACACCAGUCGUGCGAACCGGACCAGUGAGCGACCGGCCCUGA